AUGUCUACGAUAUCUCAAGAUGUCUCGACCAGCAUCGAGAAACCGCCCAACUCCGUUGAUGUCGAGCGACAAAGUGAUACACUUGCGUCGACAGCUCCAGCCCCAGCCCCAGCGCCAAAGUCUCUAGGUGCAGGCUCUGCCCUCGCUCUCGGCGCAUUCGGCACGACGCUGACGACCCUGUCGUUGAGUUUAAUGGAAUGGCGGGGCGUUACUACGGAUAAUGUCUUCGUAGCCAAUUUCUUCUUCAUCUCGGCAUUUGGACUGGUAAUUACCGCUCAAUGGGAACUUUCUAUCGGGAAUGGAUUUGCGUAUACCGUCUUCAGUGCUUUCGGUCUAUUUUAUGCAGGAUACGGUGCCCUCCUGACACCCUCAUUCGGAAUCGUCCAGGCCUACGGCAGCGACACAGCACAGUAUAAUAACGCGGUGGGCUUCUUCAUGAUACUCUGGACAGUCUUUGUAUUUACGUUUCUGAUCGCUUCACUGCCGAGCAAUGUCGCGUACAUACUUGUAUUUUUCUUUGUGGAUCUGGGCUUUUUGACUGUUGCGGCGAGUUACUUCGCCGAGGCAGAUGGUCACCAUGCGUCCUCUAUCGCGUUGAAGAAGUCUGGCGGUGUGUUUUGCUUCCUUGCUGGUCUUGUUGGGUGGUAUUUGGUCUUUCAUUUGUUGUUGAAGGAUUCUCUUUUGGAUUUACCGUUAGGUGAUACGUCGCGACUUUUUGGGAGGAAGAAGAAUAAGGUGCAGUAG